AUGGUUUUUGGUCGAAACUCCAUUUGGAGAAGUGGGGAUAGCUUGGAAGGGAUGGUUAAUGACCAUGUUGGUGGAAAGACCAAAUUUAAGGCUCAAAAAAUUGGCUCCACUAAGCUUGUGGCAGCCCUCACAUGUUUUCAAUUUUUCUUUGCAGUUUAUGCAACAUUUUUAUUGUACUACCUAAGUCCUUCUAUAGAUUUACCAACCAAGCCAGAUUUUACGUGGGCUACCCAAAUUGCACAACAAUGGAAGCACCUCAUGAUCAGACCCCAAGUAGUGGGUCGUCACAAAGAAGCUUCCUCUCUAAUCCAAGAGGAAAUAAAACCUAUUACUUCAUCUGAAGUGUGCCAGAAUGAGAAGAUAGAUUUCAUGCAAAAAAAGUCCAAUGAUGUUCAAAUGAUUAAGUUGAAGAGAGAGCUAUACGACGAGGUUUUGAACUUCCAGAGAGAGACUAUUGGUACUGAGAGUCUAGCUGAGUUACUUGCAAUGAAAUCCAAAUGGGAUUUGCAAGGUUCAAACAGACCAAAAAUCACAAUAUUACUGAACCACUUCAAAAGAAAGACACUUUGUGCUCAGCUUGAUUCCUUGCUCCAACAGACCCUCCCAUUCCAUCAUGUUUGGGUGCUUUCAUUUGGGAGCCCCAAUGAGCUCUCACUGAGGAGAAUUGUGGAUCACUAUAACGACUCAAGAAUCAGUUUCAUUAGCUCAAGUUAUGAUUUCAAGUACUAUGGAAGGUUCCAAAUGGCUCUGCAGACCGAAGCUGAUCUGGUGUACAUUGUUGAUGAUGACAUGAUUCCUGGUAGGAAGAUGUUGCAGAUUUUAGCGCACGUGGCUGGGACAGACAAAUACAAAAACUCUGUUCUAGGGAGUAUUGGAAGGAUAUUGCCUUUUAGACAAAAGGAUUUCACAUUUCCUAGUUACAGAAAAUUUCGGUCUAAAGAAGCAGGGCUUUAUUUGCCAGAUCCUGCUUAUGAUAUCACAGUUGAUAAAAUUGUGCAGGUGGAUUUCUUAUCCAGUUCAUGGUUUUUAUCUGCUGAGCUUGUCAAGACCCUCUUCGUUGAGACUCCUUUUACCUUUGCAACUGGUGAAGAUCUGCACCUCAGCUAUCAGCUUCAGAAGUAUAGAAAUGCUGGCUCGUUUGUUCUUCCGGUUGACCCUAAUGACAAGGAAACCUGGGGUGAUAGUGAACACAGGCUUGCCUAUGUGUCCGAAACCACUGUAAUUUUCAAGGACAUAAUUCAAGUAAGGGAUGAUCAAUGGUGGAAAGCACUUUCUAGUGGUUAUGUGACCCAGUGGGCAGCAAUUUAUCCUCAAAAAGUUGAUGCACUCUUUUAUGCUCACUCUAUUGAGGAAGUGAAAGCACUUGCACCUCUUCUUGAAAAGUUUGGGUCCACUUUUGGCAAGAAGGCCUACAUUGUUGUCUCCGGAGGCAAUUUCUGCCCCUGUGAAGAUGCUGCAAAAGCACUGAAUUGGCCUGUGUUGGUAUGUAAAGAGCGUCGUUUCAAGAUAUUUGAUUUGGCAAUUGGUGCACUUUCUGGGGUAUCAAACUCAGAGGUGCCAGUAAUACAAGCAGUGUACUCCAGCAUGAAGGGUUUGAUCAAAAUUCACAAUCCCAGUGUUGUAAUCACCGUAGCUGACAUUGAUCCUAACGUGAGGAAAGCUCUAAAGAUGGCAUCAGAGAGUCACUCAAAUGGCACCACUCUUGUUCUUUUACCAAGGGCUUCAGUGUCAAAAGUUCUUUGGAUGGCUGAUCUGCGUUCAACAGCAUUGCCAAAUUGGAACCGGAUGCGGAUCUCUGUCAACAUCAUUACCCAAAACCGAGCCAAUUCACUAACAAGGCUACUCAAAUCUCUGAGUGAAGCCUACUAUAUUGAGGAUGAAGUUCCCAUUACUUUCAACAUGGACAGCAAGGUAGAUGAGGCAACUAUAAGACUAGUAAGUUCAUUUGAGUGGCCUCAUGGACCCAAAACCCUGAGGAGGAGAAUUAUCCAAGGAGGUCUCAUCCGAGCCGUGAGUGAGAGUUGGUAUCCAUCUUCUGAUGAUGACUUUGGUCUCUUACUUGAAGAUGAUAUCGAAGUUUCACCUUACUAUUACCUUUGGAUCAAGUAUGCACUCUUGUCUUACCACUAUGACCCUCAGGUCUCUCUCCCUGAGCUCUCCUCCAUUUCCCUCUACACCCCAAGGUUGGUUGAAGUUGUCAAAGAAAGGCCAAAAUGGAAUGCCACUGAAUUCUUCAAACGAAUCCAUCCCAACACACCUUACCUUCACCAAUUACCUUGCAGUUGGGGAGCAGUAUUCUUCCCUAAGCAAUGGAGAGAGUUUUAUGUGUAUAUGAACGUGAGGUUCACUGAGGAUGCAAAGGCAAACCCAGUUCAAAUUCCAAAGUCUAGAACAAAUGGGUGGCAAGCUUCAUGGAAGAAGUUCCUUAUAGACAUGAUGUAUCUUAGAGGCUAUGUUAGUCUCUAUCCUAAUUUCCCAAACCAGGCAUGCUUUUCAACCAACCAUAUGGAACCAGGGACACAUAUAACUGCAAAAGAUAAUGUGGUGAGACAUAACAAACAAGACUUUGAGGUGCCAUUGUUGAAAGAAGAUUUCAGAAACUUGUUGCCAGGAAUGAAAUUGCCACCAGCAUCAAGGCUACCAUCUCUGAAUCUCUUCAAUCAGCCAGUUUCUCUCAAGGGCCUCAAGGCUGCUGGAGCUAAGUUGGGUCAGGAUGUGCUUAAAUGUGACAAUGCAACUGAAAUAGUAACUGUGCAUCAUGAUACGGGUCUACCACACCGCUGCUCUAGAUUCUAA